AUGCGCCUCACACCUGGCCUCACCGAUGCCAUCCUCUCCAUCCUCGCCUUUGCCCGCGACGACGUCGGCGCUGUCAUCACCUCGGUCUCGGGCGCCAUCUCCAACACUGGCGUCUUCAUAUUCCCGGCCUGGAUCCUCGCCGAACUGAACAUGGCCUGCGCCGAGUGUGUUCCACCCGAUGACCUCGCUGCCGCCAUCGCUUUCCGGCCGCUUCUUCCGCCCUAUCAGCGGCCGUGGACUUCCUUGAGUGACCCGGCCGUGGAGCUCGUGCCCAUCGUCGACGAGAGCGGCCUCGCUAGCGCUCUGUCGGGCGUCGGCCUAAUGAGCUCAGCCGGAUGGCGCGUAGGAUGGGCCGGUAUGGUCACUCCCGCUGAGCCCGAUGCCACGCCGUCUGCCGCCCGCCCGGUCGAUGGGCUUGUCCGCGCCAUGCGCUGGUGCCGCGUCCAGACAUCUCCGCCGCCGUCAGACGCUGCGUCGGCCAGGAGCUUCCAUGUCGAGCCCAGCGCUGAGCUGGCGGUCGGCACUACGGUUGCUGUCCUCGCCUCACCGUUUGCCGCCCUCUGCCCGGCUGUCUUUGCCGAUAUGCAGCUCGCCGGCUCGGUCGCUGCCUUGCUCCCAGUUGCUAGCGUCGCCGGCAUCAUCGACGCGAGGUUGCAGCCAGGCGCCGAGGGCGGCAUCCUGCUCUCACCGGAAGGCCACGUCGUCGGCAUUACGCUUGCGCCGCUGCUGCCACCCGGCCUUGCGGCGCUCGAGCUGUUUCCGUUUGUCGGCACCGGCCCGCUCCUUGCCCUUCUUACCGGCGGUACUCCGCGCCGCUGCCGUCCGCUCCUCGCACCACCGCCGCGGUCGUUGCCAGUGGUCAAGGUCCGAUGCGGCGACCAGUACGGCUCCGGCAUUGUCGUCCGACGCGCCGGUGGCCGCACUGCCGUCGUUACAAACGCCCAUGUCGUUGCCGAUGCUGACGCCCCGGUCACCCUCGCUCCGCAUCCAUACACCGCCACCGCCGCCGUCGCCGCAUCGCGCCUCGCGCCGUCGCCCGAUGGCCUGGAUGUGACGUGGUUGAAGCCAGCAGCAGAACUCGGCCUCCGCCCGAUUUCACUUGCCAAUCGACCCCUGGUCCGUGGCCAGCGCGUCGUUGUCGUCGGCUUUCCAGUUCUCGAGCCAAUGGGCCCGCGCUCGCUGGGCCCGGUCACCACUUCAGGCACAAUCACCCAGGUAUGGGCCGAGUCCAAGCAGAGUGGACCCGCACUCGUUCUUGUCGACGCCGCCGUCCAUCGCGGCAACUCGGGGGGCGCCUUACUCGAUGCUGCCACCGGCGACCUCAUCGGCCUCGUCACCUCCAACCUCUCGUCAGGCGUUCUUGGCACUCGGGUCCACGUCGGCUUUAUCCUCCCAAUACACGCGGCCUACGCUUCGUCUGCAUCGCCGGCCGCCCGCAAAGCCUGGUGCCUCGAUCCCACGCUACCGUCCAAGCUCUAG